CAAACCCUGGUGCAGAAGAUCGACAAGGCGAGCUCGAUUCGGACGGAGACUGGAAUUGUAUGCAGGAGUAUACGUAGUAAAUUGGAAGUGCUGAACAAUGGCUGCUGGAAGUUCAUACAAAGGGAAGGGAAUGCUGCUGCCCAUAUAAUGGCGCAUCGGAAGACUAGAUGGAAUGAAACGAUGGUGUGGUGGGAUACUCCACCAGACUUCCUAGCUGAUCAGCUCCUGCUGGACGGGAAUGGAUCAGGUCAGUAA